CAUCCUGCUAGCUGGGAAGAGGGAAGCUGUGGUUGACAACCACCACGCAACCAUCCCACACCGUGCCUGUGGGAGCAUGGAGACCGGAGCUGUAUUUCCGCAGCUCCCUGAGAGCGAGCCCAGGAGAGCCCCGGAGGGUGAUGGUGGGAACGGGAGUGUGGAUGGUGAUGCCACGAGCAGGAACCCCUUUGCAGGGCUGGUGAGCCACCUCCGGGCAUCCUGGCUCUCUGGGAAGACUCGACCCAUGGAAUACCGCAUGGCCCAGCUGAAGGCCCUGGGACGCUUCCUGGAUGACAAGAAGCAGGAGAUCCUGGAGGCCACUGCCUCUGACUUGGGCAAGGCACCCUUUGAAGCUGAAUUAUCUGAGAUCCUCCUGUGCAAGAACGAGCUCCAUGAAACCCUGAACAACCUGUCCUGCUGGAUGAAGGACGAGCAGGUGGACAGGAAUCUGGCGAUGCAGCUGGACUCUGCCUUCAUCCGCAAGGACCCCUACGGGGUGGUGCUCAUCAUAGCGCCCUGGAAUUACCCCAUCCACCUCUUCCUGGUGCCCCUUGUUGGGGCCAUCGCUGCUGGGAACUGUGUCAUUGUCAAACCCUCAGAGGUGUCCAAGAAGACAGAAAAACUCGUGGCAGAAACACUGCCUGGUUACCUGGACAAGGACUGCUUUGCUGUGGUGACGGGUGGCGUGCAGGAGACCACCAGGCUGCUGGAGAACAAGUUUGACUACAUCUUCUUCACUGGCAGUCCCCCAGUGGGACGGAUCAUCAUGACGGCUGCUGCCAAGCACCUGACCCCGGUGACACUGGAGCUGGGGGGCAAGAACCCCUGCUACGUGUCUGACACCUGUGAUGUGACCAACGUGGCGCGGCGCGUGGCCUGGGGCCGCUUCUUCAACGCGGGGCAGACCUGCAUCGCACCCGACUACCUGCUCUGCACCAUAGAGAUGCAGGAGAAGCUGCUCCCGGCCCUGCGUAAGGCCAUUGAUGAUUUCUAUGGCCCCAACCCCCGAGAAUCCCCGGAUUUUGGCCGCAUUGUGAGUGACAAGCAGUUCCAGCGGGUGCAGAGACUGCUGGGCAGCGGGCGCGUGGCCAUCGGGGGACAGACGGACGAAGCAGAGCGCUACAUCGCUCCCACAGUGCUGGUGGAUGUGCAGCCCUUGGAUCCCGUCAUGCAGGAGGAGAUCUUCGGGCCCAUCCUGCCCAUCAUCAUCAUCACCAACAUGGAUGAAGCCAUUGACUUCAUCAACAGCCGGGAGCGGCCCUUGGCUGUGUACGCCUUCUCCUCCGAUGACAAGGUGGUGAACCAGGUCCUGGAGCGGACGAGCAGUGGAGGCUUCUGUGGCAACGACACCCUGAUGCAUGUGACACUGCCUUCGCUGCCCUUCGGAGGCAUUGGGAACAGCGGCCUGGGAACACACCACGGGAAGUUCAGCUUUGACACGUUCUCCCACCACCGUGGGUGCCUGAAGCGCGGGAUGGGCUGGGAGCGCCUCAACGCCCCGCGCUACCCCCCGUAUAGCCAGCAGAAAUUCGGGGUCAUCCGGGCCACGUCCAAGGUGACACGUAAGAGUGACUGUACCCUGCUCUGAAGGUCUCCACAUCCCACUCGGAGUUUCCCCACUCAGCGCAUCUCCUGCUGCUGGUCCCGGUGCUCAGCUGCAAUGAAAGCUGUUUCUCCACAUCCUGUGUGCUUCCCUUUCACCACCCUGCACCCCUGCUCACCCCAAAAGACCCCUGUCCCCCACAUCUCCCCCCACCCCAGUCCCAUAUCCCCCUUUUCUGGUUCUCUGGGGUUUUAUUUCUGCUGGUACCACCAGAGCAGAGGGGCCCCUGUGCCCCUCAUUGCGAACUCUGCCUCAAGUAGGUCCACAACUCCCUGAUCCCAAAUCCUUGAGCUGGGAUGAUCCUGGCUUCUCGGGCUCUAUUAUCCCAGUGUCCUUUGCCCCAUGUUCCCAGUUUCUCCUAUUCCAUGAUCUCAAGUUUCCUUUUGCCCCACGAUCCUUGUUUCCUUGGCUCCAUGCUGCUCCAUUUUGGGGGGCUGGUUAAGGGGUACCCAUUCCUGCUGGGCUGUGGGCUGUCCUGGCUGAAUCCCACAGGCAUCCCUCCGGGUGGGCGGAUGGAGAGAACUGGACAAGGGGCUGAGAUAAAGACCGGUUAAUAGGGAAAGAGAAACAUCCCCGGUGGCCGCCUCGAGGGAUUCUGCCAGGGCUGCGGGGUCGGGGCCAAUGCUGAGCCCGCCAGAGGAGGAGCCGGGCUUUGUAGUGAAUCUAAGUGUCUGUGCCGCUCCGGCUUCGCGACCCUCCGGCAUCCGUGGCCCGAGCUGGUCCAAGUACCGGACGGUAAGCUCCGGAGGCUCGGGAAGCCUUGGAAGAGCGGGAGGCUCCGCGCCGGCACCGUAACCACGCGCCUCCGCCAUGAACACGCGCUU